GUCCUAUCACUUUUUUUCCCGCCCUCACUCCACAGACCAUAACCCUAACGCUAAAGAUUUCGUCUUCUCUGCUGUUGUUCCUUGGGAGAAAUGGCGGGUGGUGGUGCAGUUCCUGCUUCAGCUGCAAAGCGUGAGUCCAAUUGCGACAACCGAAGGAACCAGAUUACGGUUGCCCGCAACAAGCCCAUCUUAUUCUAUGUCGACGUGGCUAAGAGGCGCUUGAAACACAAUGAUGAAGUUGUUAUCUCUGGCCUUGGAACUGCUAUUACUUCAGUUGUGAUGAUUUCCGAGAUUCUGACAAACAAUGGCUUUGCAUUUCAGAAGAAAAUCUUGACAUCACGUAUUAGCAUGAUAGAUGGAAACACGGGCCGUGUUAUUCAGAAAGCCAGAAUGGAGGUGGUGUUGGGCAAGACUGAGAAUUUCAAUCAAGUGCUCGGUCAGGGUUCUGCUUCCCCAGAGUCACCGGAGGCCUAUGAAAAUGAAUGAAUUGGAUGCGGAUGGAUGGGUUUCAUGAUUGGUGUUGUGGGCACACAUGGAUUCAGUGCUUUCGAUGAUCAGAGUUGGAGAGGGAUCAGUCUUUAGUUGAGCAUUCUUGUUAGAUGGUCACUCUGAUUUGGGGGCUUUGUUUUGUCUUCUUUUCACUAAUAUUGACUGAAGUCAGAGAGCUGAGAUGAGGCUUCGCAUUGAGUUGAGGAUUUGACUGAAUACCUGUUGCUUUUACAGUUGGGAAAUGCAAGUGUAAAAAUUCGUCGGCCAUCUCUCUCUCACACACAUUCUGUUUUAAAUAAGCGAA